UUCGUUUCAUGAUCCGGCCCCUUGUGGUGUCGCACCGAUAUUCCUCCGACCGCGUCCCCACACCGGUUUGUGAUUCCUCAGCUAGCCGAGGGCUGCCACCAUGACCGCCCGGGUUCUAGUCGGAGUCAAGCGGGUUAUUGACUACGCCGUAAAGAUCCGAGUGAAGCCUGACAACACUGCCGUGGUUACGGAUGGCGUGAAACACUCGAUGAACCCUUUCUGCGAGAUCGCAGUGGAGGAGGCUGUCAGGCUGAAGGAGAAGAAGCUGGUGAAGGAGGUUGUGGCUGUGAGCUGUGGACCUCAGCAAGUGCAGGAGACCAUCCGCACGGCGCUGGCUAUGGGGGCAGACCGCGGCAUUCACGUGGAAGUUUCCGGAAAGGACUACGAGUCUCUCGGCCCUCUGCAGGUGUCCAAGAUCCUCGCCGCUUUGGCCAAGAAAGAGGAGGCUUCCCUCAUCAUCCUCGGGAAACAGGCUAUUGACGAUGACUGUAAUCAGACGGGUCAGAUGACGGCUGCUCUGUUGGACUGGCCCCAGGGGACCUUCGCCUCUGAGGUGACGUUGGAGGGAGAUAAACUGAAAGUGGUGCGAGAGAUCGACGGAGGACUGGAGACGAUUAAAAUCAACAUGCCUGCGGUGGUGACUGCUGACCUUCGCCUCAACACACCCCGAUACGCCACGCUGCCUAACAUCAUGAAAGCCAAGAAAAAGAAGAUCGCCAACGUGAAGCCGGGAGACCUGGGAGUGGACGUGAGCUCUCGGGUGGAGGUGCUGCGGGUGGAUGAGCCUCCACAGAGGCAGUCUGGGAUGAAAGUGGAGUCGGUGGAGGAGCUGGUGGGCAAACUGAAGGAGGCAGGAAGGAUAUAAAGGCCAAGGGAGCAGGUGGAGCAGUGCGCUUAGUCACUGGGAUCUGUUUUUUUUUUUUUUUUUUUUUUUUUUUUUUGGUCACCUUAAACCCUGAAUCAAACUCCAUGGACGUUCUUGCAGCAUCUCAACCCUCUCACUGAUUCUCUGACCAGCCGGCUGUAGCAGUAUCUGCUCCCCUCUGUAUCCUGACUCCAUCUCUAUUUCUAGUCCUGGUCCUUAGAACCUGCACACUGGUCUAUGCAGCAAAUUCUCUGCUGUAUUACACCUAGAUUUGCUACACUGUUUGGUGUAGAUUAAUGCUGAGAGACACUUUCUCACGUUUAAGAGUAAGAGUGCUGAUCUACGGUCAGUUUUUGCUUCCUAUUUGAUCAUAUCAUCUUAAAUGAUCAGAAUUCAGAGAGAUACUGAUGCAUAUUUAUCUUAGACUGACUGCUGAUGUAGGAACAGUUUUCGCUUUUAUGCUGUAUUCAGUAACUUAUUUGGUACUCACAUUGGAAACCUUCCUAGAUUAGCACUUGUACACUACUUGAUUUAAGCAUACGAUACAGUUUGACGUCUGUUUUCCGUUAACUCAUUUGUCCUGCGUCCAUUUCUGUUAAAACGAUCUGUGUAUCUGUGAUCUUACACUCUUUAUUAGAAAUGCCCUUUAUUUAAAAAUACAUAUACACCAUAUAAAAACUCAUCUGAAUUGUAAAUAAAUCACACGAGUACUGUUUCAGCUUGAAUCGUUUAUACUUAAGACAGUGUCUCUCAGCAUGGACCAGAACGGGAGAAGUGAGCUCUUUUUACCACAAAUGCCUCUGGUUUUGAGUUUUGAUUGUACAGUAUCUAACUGUGAAAAUAAAAAUGAUCUGUCCUUGUCA